AUGACAGCCGGGACAGUGGUCAUCACAGGUGGAAUUUUAGCUACAGUAAUCUUACUGUGCAUCAUCGCUGUACUGUGUUACUGUAGGCUGCAGUAUUAUUGCUGUAAGAAGGAGGAGUCGGAGUCGGAGGAGGAGGAGCCCGACUUCGCUGUCACAUCCCGCGUGCCACCUGUGCACUCCAAUCACAACAUUCUGGCAGCAACUGUUCCCACGGCAACCGCGCCAAAUGGACCCGCCCUCUUCAGCCCACCUUUGGCUCGUAAACUGACACGUUCACAGACGUUCUGUCCGUCAUGUACACACUACGAGCUGCCCUUCUACUUACAGCAGCCGGAGGGUUUGCGAAAUGGCGGCCAGCGCCUUAGCUACCGUAGCGUUCAGCAACAGGAUCUUCACCUGCCCACUGAGCUGCCCAGUUUCCACAAGCUGAACCUUAACCGCUCCGUCACCAUGAGGGAGAUGUUUACCCGUAGCUGCAGCAUCAGCACCGACGUCUAG